UAGUGUAAGCGAAGUAGGAAGUAGUCAAACGUAACUCCCAGAAGCUGUUUCAUCUUUGUUUUAUAGUUGGCCAAAGAUUCUGGCCGAGCCGGCAGACACAACGUCACUUCCUCAAGUUAUUUUCAUUUGUUUGAGGCAAAGGCAAACGCCAGCAGUUAUCUAGCUAGUACCUUAUAAACCAAAGAUAACGUUACUAUUUUAACUUACAAUAUAUCAGGGUUGAAACGGCAUUACCUUUUUUUUCUGUAAACUUUUGUACCCUGAAAUUAUGCAAGAAAUAUAGCAGCUACGAAACGUGUUAGCGUCAGCAAAGACAGGAAAACGUGCGUUUGCGAGCAGAAGUAACGUUAGUUGGCUAGCUAACGUUAGCUAGCUAGAAUAGGUUAAUUGGCUACCUAUUGUUAGCUGCCUUUUUCCUCUUACCGUUGGUGUGGUAGUGCUGGCUAGGACCUGAAGCAUUAGCUAGCUGACUUACUCAGAAUUGUGAACUGAUGGAGUGCCCUCAUCUGAACUCAAAUGUGAGCUGUCCUAUCGAUACCUCUAGGUUCCCUAACGGUACUCCGUCUUCCUGGUGUUGCAACGUUUGCAGGUCUAAUAAAAGUCCAUGGAUUUGCCUUACCUGUCUGAUGGUCCAUUGUGGAAGAUACGUCAAUGGACAUGCAAAGAAACACUUUGAAGACAGCCAAGUCGUUGGCAGUAGUCAAAAGAAGGGUGAGAAACAGGAAAAAGAGAAAUCUCAUCAUUCUGUCUGCAUGGACUGCAGCAACUACAGCAUAUUUUGUUACAGAUGUGAUGACUUUGUUGUCAAUGACACCAAACUUGGGCAGGUGCAGAAAGUGAGGGAACAUCUGCAGAGUUUAGAAAACUCAGCACUGAUGGGUGACAGACAGAGGAAAAGAAAACUCCAGGAAAGCCCAGCUCCAGAUGGAAAGUUGUUGAAAGACAGUGAUGGGGCGGCUUUAGGUGCUACAGGCCUGCGGAAUUUAGGCAACACUUGCUUCAUGAAUGCAAUUCUGCAAUCCCUCAGCAACAUCGAGCAGUUCAGCUGUUAUUUCAAGGAGUUGCCUGCAGUGGCUCUACGCAGUGGUAAGACGGCAGGAAGAAGGAUGUACCACACCCGAAGCCAAGGGGACAACAGUGUGUCUUUGGUGGAGGAGUUCAGGAAAACCCUUUGUUCCCUGUGGCAAGGAAGCCAGACGGCCUUCAGUCCAGACUCCUUAUUUUAUGCUAUAUGGAAAAUCAUGCCAAGUUUCAGAGGCUAUCAGCAGCAGGAUGCACAUGAGUUCAUGCGUUACCUGCUGGACCACCUCCACAGGGAGCUCCAGUACAGUCGCAACGGGGCAUCUCAUUCACUCUCACCUCAGGAUGGGGUCAGACUUUCCACUGCGGAAGGCAAAUGCUGCAUAAAUGGGACUGCCAGUGUGGUCACAUCCAAUUUUGGUGGCAUACUUCAGAAUGAAGUCAACUGUCUGAUAUGUGGAACAGAAUCUCGGAAGUUUGAUCCAUUUCUUGAUCUGUCUUUGGACAUUCCCAGCCAGUUCAGACAAAAGAGAAGUAAGGACCAGGAGCCAGGGCCGACCUGCACUUUACGUGACUGCGUACGUAGCUUCACUGACCUGGAAGAACUUGAUGAAACAGAGCUGUACUAUUGCCAUAAGUGUAAAAAACGACAGAAAUCCACAAAGAAGUUCUGGAUCCAGAAGCUGCCAAAGGUUUUGUGUCUGCACCUUAAAAGGUUUCACUGGACGGCCUUUUUGAGAAACAAGGUGGAUACCUAUGUGGAAUUUCCACUGAAAGGCAUGGACAUGAGAGGCUACUUACUUGAGCCAGAUAAUUCAUUACCGGAAAGCUGCCUGUAUGACCUUGUUGCUGUUGUAGUCCAUCAUGGAUCUGGGGUUGGAUCAGGACAUUAUACAGCAUAUGGCAGCCACGAGGGUCGAUGGUACCACUUCAACGACAGCACCGUGACUCUGACCAAUGAGGACACAGUGAGGAAGGCCAAGGCCUACAUCCUCUUCUACGUGGAGAGGACUGAACAGGGGGCCUCAGACAAGACGGCCAGGAACAAGCCUGCUGUGGACACAGCAGCCAUGGACAGUGGUCCCUCAGAAGCAGAUGCUCAGGACAAGGCUGCAGCAGCAGACACGGUUGCCACAGACAUGGUUUUAAUGGAUGUGCCAGCCUCACACAUGAAUACCCAGGACGUGGCAGCCCCAGAUAAUGCUGCAUUGGAAAAUGUGGGUGAAGACAUGACUGAACUGCAUAAAGCCGACACAGCUUCAGUGGAGGCUGCGACAGAUAGGGAUACCUCAGACAAGGCUGCAAGAGAGGAAGCCAGCCAAGCUAUACAAGCCGUUGCACAAUGAUUCUGUCAGAUUGCCUCAGACCAGCUCCUCACUCAAUUUUGUCUUCACCUCAAUCACAUUUUUCACAGUGCUUGAUUUUAAAUAGUUAAUUUCCACGUUUAAUGUAUGCAAGUGCAACUAUUUAGUUGUUUAUGACCUGCUUGACAGCAUCAUGUAUAAUUUGCUGCUUGGGUUUUGUUAAUAUGACUUUUUGUGUUUAUUUCCUUGAUGUUGUAUCCCUGAGUUGAGGUAGACUUCUCUGUAUGUAAUAGAUUCCAAAGGUUUAAGAUAAUUAACUAAAGCUGUAGCCUUGGAAAACCUCAGUUGGUCCAAUGUUUAGCCUAGACUGAAGAGAUUGAUUGUGUCAAGACACUGUCAUUGUAACAAUAUUUGGAGUUUCUAUUGUUUUUAAAGUUUCUAAUUUUGUAAUUUCCACCUCUUGAAAACCUCGUAGUUUUGUUUUCCAGUUAUUUGGGAAGAUUUUAGGAUAUAGAAUGCAAUGCAUUUAUUGACUGACAAGUGCUAAUUAGGGCUUUAGAAAGUUGUUUUAACUUGUUGACCAGAACCAAUGUGAAAGAAAUGAUCAUUCUUAAAUAGUUUUGUUUGUCUGUAUUGAUGCUGGAGUUUAAUUCGUCAUUUUACGUUGAUCUGAAAUGGGCUUAGAAACAGGCCGAGGAAAUUCUCUUUUAAAAACAUGUAUCGGACAAAGUUAACAUGACAAAAUACAAUGGAUAAUCUUUUUCAAAUAUUUGAUUUUCUUUUCUUUUUUUUUAUCUGUGGAAAAAAAAAAAAAAACCUUGCCUUUUCUGAUCCACUAGGUGCUAAUGUCUGCUUUUAGUAAUCUUAAGUGGCAGAAGCUCCCAUUAUUAUUUAAAUUACUAAAGUCAGAAUAAUAAGACAAUAAUGCCACCACAUUCUCAUAAGGAAAAGUCUCCCUUAAAGUCCAAGUGGAGUUUAUUUGUGAUUCACCUUUGAAUAGGAUUCAAAUUUGUGAACUAUAAAAUUAAUAACUAGAAAAAUAUUGAAACAUUUAUACAAUUGACUAGUGUUCACUGAUUUUAGUUUGCGGUUUGAUAGAUUAAACUGUUAUUGUUAGUUAUUGUAGAGCUGAAACAAUAAGUAGGUCAACAGAAAAUUGAUACGCAACUGUUUUGAUAAUCUACUAGGCAUUGAAGUCAUUCUUUAAGCAAAAAUGCCAAACCUUUAAUGGUUCUUGGUUCUUAAAUGUGAGCAUUUACUGUGUACUUGUCUUGCUUAUUACGCCUGGGUUUUAGACAGCUCUUCAGACAAAAAAAUGAUUUGAAGACUAUCUUGGGGUCUAGGAAAUUGUGAUGGUGUAUUUUUCACUUCGUUUUUUUACCAAACAUUUAAUCAAUUAGUCAGGAAAAUAAUUGGCAGAUUCAUUAAUGAUGAAAAUAAUUAUAAGUUGCAGCUCUAAAUUAAAGACAAACAAAACUCUAAAAUGCACUUCUAUGCCUAUAAUUCUCUCAGCAUAUAUACUGUUGCUUUAAACUUUGAAAGCCAAUUUGAAAUAAAAAAAACUAUUUUACCAUAUUUGCACAA